AAUCCAAUUGGAGAACCUGGUGUAAAUGAUGGCAAAUUCGAGACAAAACCCAAAAGCAAGACACAUUUAAAGAAUAUGACCAUCACUCCCAAGAAAAUUCUAGCUGGUCAAAGAGGCCACAAACAUAAGAAAAUUGCUGAGAAAUUUCAGUCUAAAAUCCAUUCUUAUAAAAAAAAAAGAUAUCCUCCAGGAGAAAAAUCCCACAAAUAUGAUUCACCUAGAAAGCUCUUCAAACAGAAUUCAAGUCUAAUUAAACAUAAGGAGAUUUGUUCAGCAGAAAAGCCUCAUAAAUGCCUUCAGUGUGGGAGAGGCUUCAGCAAUAACACACACCUCGAAAACCAUCAGAGAACCCAUUCUGGGGAGAAGCCAUAUAAAUGUAGUGAAUGCGGGAAGGCCUUUAGUUAUGCUUCCUCCCUUACAAAACAUCAUAGAAUUCAUACAGGAGAAAAGCCCUACAUAUGUAAAGAAUGUGGAAAAGCUUUCAGUGAGAGCUCAAACCUCAUUCAACAUAGGAAAAUUCAUACUGGAGAAAAACUCUAUAAAUGUAAGGAAUGUGGAAAAGCUUUCAACAAGAAUUCAUCCCUUACUCAACAUCUCAGAAUUCAUACUGGAGAGAGGCCCUACAAAUGUAAGGAAUGUGGGAAAGCCUUCAGCGAAUACUCAAACCUGAUUCAACAUCAGAAAAUUCAUACUGGAGAAAAACUCUAUAAAUGUAAUGAAUGUGGGAAAGCUUUCAAUAAAAAUUCAGCCCUUACUCAACAUCUCAGAAUUCAUACUGGAGAGAAACCCUUCAAAUGUAAGGAAUGUGGAAAAGCCUUCAGUGAAAACUCUUCCCUGACUCAACAUCUAAGAAUUCAUACUGGUGAAAAACCCUAUGAAUGUAAAGAGUGUGGGAAAGCCUUCAAUCGGAGCUCAUCUCUUAAUAAGCAUCUAAAAAACCAUUCUGGCAAAAAGCCCUAUAAAUGUAAAGAAUGUGACAAAGCUUUUGGCCAGAGUACUCACCUUGCUCGGCAUCAAAGAACUCAUACUGGAGAAAAACCUUAUGAAUGUGAGAAAUGUGGGAAAGCCUUCAGCCAAGGCACACAUCUUACAAAACAUCAGUUCAUUCAUUCUGGAGAGAAACCUUAUGAGUGUAAUGAAUGUGGAAAAGCCUUUAGUGAGAACUCAUACCUUAUUAAACAUCAGAAAAUUCAUCGCAGCCACACGGGCGAGAAGCCGUACUGCUGCGGGGAGGCCUUCACGCGCAGCACCUCCCUCGUGGAGCACCAGCGGGCGCACACGGGCGAGAAGCCCUUCGGCUGUGCCCAGUGCGAGAAGGCCUUCACGCGCCGCUCCUCCCUCGUCAAGCACCUGCGCGUCCACACCGGGGAGAAGCCCUACGCGUGCGGCGCCUGCGGGAGAGCCUUCAGCCACGGCUCGGCCCUCGUCCUCCACCGGAGGAUCCACACCGGGGAGAAGCCCUACAAAUGCGGCCAGUGCGCCAAGGCCUUCAGCAACAGCUCGGCGCUCCUCCGGCACCAGCAGCACCACGGCUAGCGGCCUCGGAGCCGGGGCUCCCCCCCCCCCACUUCCGGACCCGCCCCCCCCCAGCUCCCCUGCGGAUGGAGGAGCCUCUUCA